AUGGGUCCACCGAGCUCGAGCAGCGCCGGCAGGGCUUCCUCAAGGCCCGCCCUCCCCGGCACCUUUGGCCAGGGCUCCCCGCUCGAGGGCCAGAGCUUCGAGACCAUCGCCGACAAACUCAAGGACAACUCGCUCGACUUCAAGGUCAAGACCAACCUCGCCACCGAGCUGCGCGAUGUCAUCGACAUGUACCAGAAGGACCUCGACCUCGGCCGCCUGUUCGAGGUCCUCCUCCCCUGCUUCACCGACAUCCUCAGGACGGGCAAGCCGUCCUUCGUGUCGACCUCGGGCGAGCACAAACUGCGCAACCUCCUCAUCCAGAUCCUCCACCGCCUGCCGCAUGUCGAGCCGCUGCGCCAGCACGCCUCGUCCCUCAUGUCGCUCCUCCUCCAGCUCCUGCGCGUCGAGUCCGAGGACAACGCCGUCCUGUGCAUGAAGGUCAUCAUCGACCUGCACCGCACCUACUCGCGCCCGCCGCCGCCCUCGUCGUCGCAGCCCGUCCCCGACGGCACGCCCGACCCGACCGUCGCCCAGAUCGAGGCGAGCGUCGACGAGUUCCUCGAGAUCGUCGCCGACCUGUUCAAGAACAUGGGCAGCGUCGUCGAGGAGACGUUCCGCGACUCGCGCCAGACGCGCUCGCAAGGACCGGCCGGGUCCGGCGCCCAGAGCGACGCCCAGUCGCCGUCGUCGGUCGGCCCGCCGAGCAUCGAGGGCGAGGGCGGCGCCGGCGGCGGUCCCGUCGUGCACGCGCCGGCCAUGCGCAGCUUCAAGCUCCUCCAGGACUGCCCGGCGUCAAUCGUCUUCAUCUUCCAGACGUACCGCCCGCUCGUCAACAAGGCCAUCACGAUCUUUGUCCCGCUCGUGUUCGAGUUCAUCCAGAUGCAGGCCGAGCCGCAGCGCCGCAAGCACGAGUCAAUGGACCCGGGCAAGUCGUGGGUCGGCAUCUGCCCCGAGAUCCCCAAGGACAAGCGCGGCGCGUUCCAGGACAUGGUCAUGGCCCAGACCAAGACGAUGUCGUUCCUCGCCUACAUCCACCGCGUGUCCAACACGGCGCUCCAGGCCUACCUCAACGUCCUGCCCGAGAUCGCUGUGCGCCUCAUGAAGGACUGCCCGUCCGAGGCCGUCUCGAUGAAGCGGGACCUCAUCAUCGCGACGCGGCACAUUCUCCAGAGCGACCUGCGCACGGCGUUCCUGUCGCAGAUCGACACGCUCCUCGACGAGCACGUCCUGACGGGCAACAGCGUCACCGGCCACGAGAACCUGCGCCCGCUCGCCUUCUCGAUGCUCGCCGACCUCAUCCACCACUGCCGAGCCGACCUCACCCUCCCGCAACUGUCGCGCGUCGUCCACACCUACUGCGCCAACGUGCACGACCCGACCCUCGCGAGCGCGAUCCAGACCAUGUGCUCCAAGCUCCUCCUCAACCUCAUCGACCCGAUCGCGAGCAAGGAGCCACAGGAGGCCGUCAAGAUCCUGCAGCGCAUCCUCCUCGCCUUUGUCGCGCGCAUGGAGGCCAUGGCCGAGGUGCGCGACGAGUGGGCCAAGUGGAGCAAGGGCCGCGAGCCGCUCGCCGUCACGGUCGACAAGGUGCGCGAGCGCGAGACGGACCGCCGCGCGUGGGCCGCGAGGAGGAAGGACAAGGGCAAGGGCAAGGCGAUCGAGGGCGACGGCGACGAGGACGAGCAGAUGGAGGACGGCGACGCGGCGGCGUCGGCGACGGCGACGGUCAAGGCGGGCGGCGCGGCCAAGGCCAAGGCCAAGGCCAAGGGCAAGGGCAAGAAGGUCGACAACGGCGACGACGAGGGCGACGUCAAGAUGGACGUCGACGGCGACGAGGCGACCAAGGACGGCGACGACCAGGGCGACGAGGACAGCAAGAAGCGCAAGAUGGCCGGCGAGGAGGCCGACCCGUCCGCCUCGACCUCGAACUCGAAGAAGGCCGGCGCAGGCGCCGCCGCCGCCGCCGCCGACGAGGACGACGAGCCCGCCGAGCUCGCGCUUGACGACGUCGACAUCGAGCGCGCAAAGCCCAUCAAGAAGGCCGUCGUCAUGGUCGACCCGGGCCCUGACCCGGUCAAGGACGCCCGGUUCCUGUACCGCAACCUCCUGUUCGGGUUCAAGACGCUCGGGCUCGCGCUCAACCGCAUGGGCGGCCAAGGGCCCGACGCCGAGCUCAUGUGCCGGUUCUUCGACGCCGCCGUCAAGUGCAUGGUGCUGUUCGACCCGGCGCGCGACCAGGGCCGCGAGCAGAAGGAGGUCAUGGAGGUCCUCACGUCGACGCUCGUCCAGACCGAGCUCGUCAUCUUCCAGGAGGUCAUCGAGAGCCGCAUGGGCUUCUUCUUCGACGAGCUCAUCCGGAACCACGAGCUCCUCGUCAUCCCGCAGUCGCUCCUGUCGAACGAGAACGUGUCGCAGCACUUUGUCGCCAUCCUGUUCCGGUUCCUGUCGGCUCGCCUCCCCGACCUCGGCAACAACCACAAGGAGAACACGAGCGUCAUGCUGCGCCUGUACAAGAUGUCGUUCAUGGCCGUCACCAUCUUCCCGGAGAAGAACGAGCCGGUCCUGUUGCCGCACCUGUCGAACCUCAUCAUGAACUCGCUCAAACUCGCGAGCCAGGCGGCCGAGCCCAACUCGUACUACCUCCUCCUGCGCGCCCUAUUUCGGUCGAUCGGCGGCGGCCGGUUCGAGAUCCUGUACAACGAGGUCCUGCCGCUCCUGCAGACGCUCCUCGAGCAGCUCAACGCGCUCCUCAAGUCGGCCGACAAGUCGCGCAAGGACCUGUUCGCCGAGCUCAUCCUCACGGUCCCCGUCCGCCUCUCGGUCCUCCUCCCCUACCUGUCGUACCUUAUGCGGCCCCUCGUCCACGCCCUCCAGGCGGGGAGCGAGCUCGUCAGCCAGGGCCUGCGCACCCUCGAGCUGUGCGUCGACAACCUCACGCAAGAGUUCCUCAACCCGCUCUUUGCGCCCGUCAUCGACGAGGUCAUGGUCGGCCUGUGGCGCCUCCUGCGCCCGCUCCCGUUCAACCACCAGCACGCGCACACGACGAUGCGCAUCCUCGGCAAGAUCGGCGGCCGCAACCGCAAAGGGUUCGACCCGCCCAAGCUCGAGUGGAAGCCGGUCGGGCCCGAGGCGCUCCUCAACGUCAAGUUUGAGGGUAAGGACGCGGCAAUCCGGAUCGGGCCCAUCGUCGACGUCGCCCUCAAGAUCAUCAAGCGCGGCGACGUCCACUACCGCCGCGUCGCGUACCAGUUCCUCAAGUACUCGGUCGCGUGCUUCCUCCGCCAGGGCCUCCCGUCGGGCGAGCCCGAGACGACCUUUGGCAGCGUCCUCAAGGGCCUGUACGACGCGACCCGGGUCGACGACUUUGCCGACGAGGCCAACAAGUACAUGCUCGACCUCGCGCGCCUCAUCUUCGCGUUCGAGCUCGGCAAGGACCUGCCCGAGAACCCGGUCCAGGCGCGCCAGUCGAUGCCCCUCUCGUCGGCGUUCGUCGACGCCGUCAUCGAAAACCUGUGCACGGUCGAGACGCCCGACCUGAGCAAGGCGGCGGCGCAGACCAAGGCCGUCAUCGAGGUCCUCAUCUCGCGCCGCACGGUCGACGCCGCCGGCGUCAGCGGUCGCCUCGACGCGGCGACGUCGCUCCUGCACCAGAUGGGCUCGCGCCUCGCGUCGCACUGCUACGACCCGUCGUGGCAGCGCAAGACGGGCGCCGCGAGGGGCAUGUCGCUCCUCAUCUCGGACGUCGGCGUCGAGACCAAGUGGGUCAUCGAGCACGAGAUCGAGUUCACGCGCGCUCUCCUGUUUGCGCUCAAGGACAUGCCCGGCGAGGCGCCGUCCAACGCCGACAUGGUCGUCGACACGCUCCUCCACCUCGUGCGCGUGUGCAGCAAGACGACGACGCCCGAGGAGAAGCAGGCGUCGCGCACGACCCUCAACUACCUCGUCGGCCUCCUCCUCGUCGAGGUGAGCAGCCAGGUCGCGCCCGUCCGCGACGCCGUCAAGCGCGCGCUCAAGAUCGUGUCCGAGGAGGAGGGCAAAUCUCUCACCGAGAUGCUCACGCCCGUCAAGGACCGCCUCCUCGGCCCCAUCUUCACCAAGCCCCUGCGCGCGCUCGGCUUCACGAUGCAGAUCGGCCACAUCGACGCCGUCACGUACUGCAUCACGCUCGACCCGCCCCUGAUCGAGGUCGACGACCAGCUCGUGCGCCUCUUGCACGAGGCGCUCGGCAUCGCCGACGCCGAGGACGUCGCGCUCCUCGGCGGCAAGAUCACGAGCAAGACGACGGCGCCGCUCACGCAGCUGCGCGUCGUCUGCGUCCAGCUCCUGUCGGCCGCGCUCGCCAACCCGCAGCUCAACACGCCGCCGUACAAUCAGACGCGGAUCCGCGCCCUGUCGGUCUACUUCAAGCUCCUGUACUCAAAGGCGCCCGAGGUCGUCGACGCGGCGUACCAGAGCCUCAAGCAGGUCAUGCUCGCCCAGGGCAAGCUCCCCAAGGACCUCCUCCAGACCGGCCUCAAGCCCGUCCUCAUGAACCUCGCCGACCACAAGAAGCUCUCGGUCGCCAGCCUGCACGGUCUCGCCCGCCUCCUCGAGCUCCUCACCAACUACUUCAAGGUCGAGAUCGGCCAGAAGCUCGUCGACCACUUCCGCAGCCUCGCCGUCCCGGCCGACAUCCUGCGCGCGACGGCCAAGCAGCCCUCGGAGGACGGCGAGCUCGAGGUCAUGGCCGCCAUCACCAACAUCUUCCACCUCCUGCCGCACCCGGCGGCCGGCCAGUACCUCGACGACGUCAUCGAGAUGGUGGUCCAGGUCGAGCGCCUCCUCAAGAAGCUCAAGGCGAGCAUCUUUACGCCGCCGCUCGCCAAGUUUCUCGCGUUGCACCCCGAGAAGGCGACCAUGUUCUUCUUCGGCCGCCUCGCCGAGGAGCGUUACGUCCCAACGUUCCGCGCCAUCCUCGCGUCCGAGCACGCGCAGCCGAUCCGCGACUGGAUCGAGGCCAACGCCGAGUCGCUCAUCCAGCCGUGCCUCGACAAGGACGGCGACGUCGGGUACCACGCGGCGCUCGUCAUCCGCGAGCUCGCCGGCGUCGACGCUCGGUGGCUCGUGCGCUGCGACAAGGUCCUGCCGGCGCUCAUCACGCGGUGGGUGUCCGACAUCCGCCGCACGCGCCUGCGCCGGCAAGGGCUCCCGCACGUCCAGCAGCUCAAGGAGGACGCCGUCGUCGUCGAGGUCUUUACGGGCUACCUCGAGCAGGUCGAGCACAUCGACCUCCUGUUCCACCUCGUCGAGGCGUACACCUACCUGACGUCGGCCGACCACACGGCCCUGUCGCGGUUCCUCAACCGCCACGUCGCGCUCAGCACGGGCGUCGAGUUUCGCCGCCAGGUCCUCGACCGGUUCCUCGACAUCUACGAGAACCCGGUCGUCAAGAGCGCGCACAAGUCGGCGGCGCUGCGCCUGCUCGUCAACCCGAUCCUCCUCGUGUCGCACUCGCGCGGCGAGCGCGAGGAGGGCCUCCUCGACGCGUCGUUCGUCACCAAGGUGCACGCCAAGGUGUGGCACCCGCUCGUCCAGCCGCCGAGCGAGUUCGGCACGCUCGACGACGAGGAGCUGCGGGUCGAGCUGUGCCACAUGUCGACGAUCCUCAUCCGCACGGCGCCCAAGCUCCUCGACGCCGUCAAGAAGGACGUCAUCAAGUUCGGCUGGAUGAGCAUCCGGUUCGACGACAUCACGGUGACGCAGACGGCCUACAUCCUCAUCGCGACGUUCCUCGCCGCGUACGAGUCGCCGGCCAAGAUCGUCGGCCAGAUCUACGUCGCCCUCCUGCGCGCGCACCAGCCCGAGGCGCGCCAGCUCGUCCGCGAGGCGCUCGACAUCCUCGCGCCGGCGCUCCCGCAGCGCAUGCCCGGCGGCGCGCCGUCGGCCCCGGGCCAGAUCCCCGGCUGGGCCUACUUCACGCGCAAGACGCUCAUCGAGGAAGGGUCGACCAUGUCGCUCCUCGUCAACAUCUACCAGCUCAUCGUCCGCCACCCCGACCUGUUCUUCGUCGCGCGCGACCAGUUCUUCCCCCACAUCGUCGCCUCGCUCGCCAAGCUCACCCUCAGCUCGACGACGACCGACACGCGCGUCCUCACGCUCGACGUCAUCGAGGUCAUCCUCAAGUGGGAGAAGAAGCGCGUCGAGCUCGCCAAGCAGGACGAGGCGCGCAUGGACGUCGAGGGCCCGAGCGGCACUGCCGCCGCCCCCGACGCCGACGCCGGCGCCGCCGUCGAGCGCUCGCCCAAGCGCACCAAGACCGAGCGCGGCGCGUCGCGCGCCCCGUCGACGGCGAGCAGCAGCGCAAACGCGACCUACGUCCCGCCCCAGUCGCUCCGGGACCAGGUCGUCAACAACCUGCUGCGGUUCAUCUCGAACUCGCAGGAGCCGGUCCAGCGCAACAACCUCGUGUACCGCGCCCUCGCCCUCUUGCGCGAGCUCAUCGGGCCGGGCGUGUGGGGCGAGAGCAACGUCAAGCUGUCGUUCUUCCAGCGCACGUUCGCCCACGACGUGACGGACGAGACGCUCAGCCAGCUGUGCAACUCGGCCGAGGUCCUCAACGUCGUCAGCUCGUACAAGCCGUCCGAGUGGCACGUCCAGAACGUCGCCGUCCUGCACGGCAUCGUCGAGAAGGGCUUCACGAGCGGCGAGAUGCGCCUCACGUCGAGCCUGCGCCCCGUCGUCGAGCGCCUGUUCGACCACCUGCCGCGCAACGUGACGGCCGACUCGACCGACGUGCCGCCGGCCGCCAAGGCGUUCAUCGAGUGGGCGCGCACCACGGUCGACGAGGGCCUGCGGGCCAUGUACAACCUGCCGGCCGUCAUCCUCAUCCUCCAGUCGUGGUCCAAGGUCGAGCCCGAGCGCAUCGACGGCUUCGUGCCGGCCCUGAUCCGCGUCUUUACGCGGUACCUCAAGGAGCACACGGCGUCGACGACGGUCGUCUCGUCGGUCGACCCCAACCUGCGCCUCCUCGUGUCGAGCCUCGACGUCCUGCGCCAACGCGUGUCGCACCUCGGCGAGCAGCGGCGGUGGUUCCUGAGCGGCAUCGUGCAGCUCGUCGAGAAGUCGAGCAACAUCGACGUGUGCCGGUUCCUCCUCCAGAUGGUCCGCAAGUGGGUCUUUGACAAGGACGAGCCGUUCCCGACGCUCAAGGAGAAGGCCGGCAUCCUCGCCAAGAUGACGGCGUUCGAGAACCGCAACAGCGAGGCGCUCCAGAAGGACUUCCUCAACCUCAUCCUCGACGUCUACACCGACCCGGCCCUCGCGCGCAGCGAGCUCACGCUCCGCCUCGAGCCCGCCUUCCUCAUGGGCUGCAAGGUCCGCGACCCGGUCAUCCGGUCCAAGUUCCUCGCCACGUUCGACAAGAGCCUCGCGACCGGCCUGUUCAGCCGCCUGCACUACAUCCUCGGCGUCCAGAGCUGGGAGACGCUCUCCGAGACGUACUGGAUCCACCAGGCGCUCGACCUCCUCCUCGGCGCCGUCGACACCAAGGACCCGCUGUUCGUCCCCGGCGCGUCGCUCGAGGGCGUCAAGGACGCGCCCGUCGACUUUGCCGAGCAGCUCGAGUCGUACUCGACGGGCGAGCUCCUCGCCGCAGCGCGCAAGCUCCUGUACGCCGACCCCAACGCGACGCACGCGACGUGGAUCUCGACGUUCAAGACGGCGUGGUCGUGCCUCGCCCGGCCCGAGCAGCGCCACCUGACCGAGUUCCUGGUGUCGCUCCUCGUCAAGGAGUACCACCUGCGCAGCGUCGACCGCCGCCCCAACGUCAUUCAGACGCUCCUCCAGUCGGCGUUCGCGUGCUCGCCGGCGCUCGUCCUCCCGCCGCACGUCGUCCGGUAUCACGCUCGCACGUUCAACGCCUGGUACACCGGCAUCGAGCUCCUCCAGGACACGCUCGAGAACCCGCGCGAGUCGGACCCGGUCAAGGAGACGGCCAUGGACGCCCUCACCGAGCUGUACGCCGAGCUGAGCGAGGACGACCUCCUGUACGGCCUGUGGCGUCGUCGCGCCGCGUACAACGAGACGAACUCGGCCCUCAGCUGGGAGCAGAUCGGCCAGUGGGGCCAGGCGCAGGUCCUUCACGAGUCGGCCCAGAUCACCGCCCGCAGCGGCGUCAUGCCGUUCACCGAGUCCGAGCUCGCCUUGUGGGAGGACCACUGGAUCAACACGGCGCAGAAGUUGCAGCAGUGGGACGUUCUGAACGACAUGGCCAAGAACGAGGGCAACAAGGAGCUCCUCCUCGAGUGCGCGUGGCGGCUCGCCGACUGGAACCAGGAGCGGCCCAUGAUCGAGGACGCCCUGUCGUCGAUGAACCCGGUCCCGACGCCGCGCCGGCGCGUGUUCGAGACGUACCUCGCGCUCCUCGCCGCCUACUCGGCCAAGACGCAGGACGAGGCGACCGCCGCCAAGAAGGCGUUCGCCAAGCUGUGCGACGAGGGCGUCCAGCUGUCGCUGCGCAAGUGGUACUACCUGCCCGAGACGGUGACGCAGGCGCACUACCCGCUCCUGCAGACGUUCCAGCAGUUUGUCGAGCUGCAGGAGACGCAGCAGAUCUUUGCGAGCCUCGCCGGCACCAACGCCAACAACCUCGACACGCGGUCCGCCGAGCUCAAGAGCAUCGUCGGCACGUGGCGCGACCGCCUCCCGAACCUGUGGGACGACAUCAACGUGUGGAGCGACCUCGUCGCGUGGCGCCAGCACGUCUUUUCGGCCAUCAACAAGGCGUACCUGCCGCUCGUGCCGCCGCCGAACGCGCCGGGCGCGCCGCAGAACGCGAGCUCGUUCGCGUACCGCGGCUUCCACGAGACGGCCUGGAUCAUCAACCGGUUCGCCCACGUCGCGCGCAAGCACCACCUGAACGAGGUGUGCAUCACGUCGCUCACCAAGAUCUACACCCUGCCCAACAUCGAGAUCCAGGAGGCGUUCCUCAAGUUGCGCGAGCAGGCCAAGGCGCACUACCAGAACCCGUCCGAGUUGGCGUCGGGCCUCGAGGUCAUCAACAACACGAACCUCAUGUACUUCAACGGCCCGCAAAAAGCCGAGUUCUUCACGCUCAAGGGCAUGUUCCUCGCCAAGCUUCACCUGCACGACGAGGCCAACCAGACGUUCAACCUCGCCGUCUCGAUGGACAUGAGCUUCCCCAAGGCGUGGGCAGAGUGGGGCGAGUACCACGACCGCAUGUUCAAGGAGAACCCGGCCGACCUCACCAUCGCCGCCAACGCCGUCAGCUGCUACCUCCAGGCCGCCGGCCUGUACAAGAGCGCCAAGGUCCGCAAGCUCCUCGUCCGCAUCCUGUGGCUCCUCAGCCUCGACGACGCCGCCGGCACCAUCUCCAAGGCGUUCGACAACUACAAGGGCGAGAUCCCGACGUGGUACUGGAUCACGUUCGUGCCGCAGCUCCUCCUCACGCUCUCGCAGCGCGAGGCGCGCUACGUCCGUGUCAUCCUCCUCAAGAUCGCCAAGACCUACCCGCAGGCCCUCUUCUUCCAGCUCCGCACGACCCGCGACGACCUGUCGCUCGCCAAGCGCCAGUGGCAGGCGCAAGAGCACGCCAAGAUGCAGCAGCUCAAGCGCCAGCAAGAGCAGCAGGCGGCGGCCAACGGCGAGGCGCCUCCUGUCGCCGACUCGUCCGAGGGCGGCGGCGUCGACGGCGCGCCGAGCAUCGUCACGCCCGGCGGGACGCAGGUCGCAGGCGCACCCGCACCCGGUCCGCGCCACCCGUGGGACUACAUCGAUGAGAUCAUGGCGGUCCUCAAGACGGCGUUCCCGCUCCUCGCCCUCUCGAUGGAGAUGAUCGUCGACCAGAUCUCGAGCCGGUUCAAACCGACGCCGGACGAGGACAUCUACCGCCUCAUCAGCGCCCUCCUCGCCGACGCCCUGUCGCAGUACAUCCAGCGCGCCCAGAACCCGGCCGACGACGGCCUCCUGCCGCAGACGACCAACACCAACAUCGCCCGCUUCGCCGAGAGCCUGCACCCGACGCACGUCAAGGCCCAGUUCGAGAAGGACUUCCUCACGACCAAGCCGACGCUGCGCGAGUACGUGCAGCGCCUGCAAGACUGGCGUGACCGGUACGAGUCGAUGCUCAACAAGAAGCCCAAGCGCGCGAGCCUCGAGGCGUCGUCGCACUGGCUCGUCGAGUUCCAGUACCAGAAGUUCGACGAGAUCGAGGUCCCGGGCCAGUACCUCCAGCACGAGGACAACAACAACAACUUCGUGCGCAUCAGCCACUUCGCCAACAAGUACGACGUCAACCGCGGCACGGGCGUCUACUACCGCCGCCUCACGAUCCUCGGCCAGGACGGCAGCGUCCACCAGUUCAUGAUCCAGAUCCCGGCCGUCCGCACUUCUCGUCGCGAGGAGCGCAUCAUGCAGCUCUUCCGCAUGCUCAACUGCACGCUCGCCAACCGCAAGGAGUCGCGCAAGCGCAACCUGCAGUUCACGAUCCCGGUCGUCGUCCCGCUUUCGCCAAGCGUCCGCAUCAUCGAAAACGACGCGUCCAUCACGUCGAUGCAGGAGAUCCUCGAGCAACACUGCGACGAGCUCGGCCUUCGCAAGGAGGACCCGAUCCUCGCCGUCACCGAGCGCCUGCGCACCCUGCACCGCCAAGAGCCACCUCUCGACAAGGCCCAGAUUUGGAGCGCUCGGCAAGAGAUCCUCGACGAGGUCGCCUGCAAGAUGGUGCCCGACGACGUCCUCAAGAAGUACCUGGUCCGGUCGAUGUCGAGCUCGAGCGACCUGUGGCACCUGCGCAAGCACUUAAAACCUUAG